AAAAAAGCAAAAAAAAAGUAUUUUAAGAUGUGAAAAUGACCCCUCGGAAGAAACUCAAACCAAAAAAAUUGAGGCUUCUAAUCAGGAUUAUUUAUUCUAUAUUGCCGACCCUUCAAUUACUAAUGAAAUUAAAGAAAUGGUGGUCUAUUCUCCCUCCAAAGGCCCCGAGGAAAGAAAUAGAUUAUACCAAGAUUAUAAAGAGGAAUUUUCCGAAUUACGAAGAGUUUAUGGCAUUAGACAUUUAACCAGCAAAAAAGAGGAAAGACAAAAUAAUCCAGAAAUAGAACUCAAUGAGGCUCAAUUUAUUGCUUUGGAAAGAGACAAAAAGAGGGAAAGAAUGAAAGGUAUUAAAGAUUUUGAGAAUAAAGGAGGUUGUCAAGGAGAACAUAUUUUAAGUUAUGGAACCAGUUAUGAAAACCGAGAAGAGAAGGCAUUGGAAAUAAAAGAGAUAGAGGAGGUGAAGGAAGGAGUUGAGAAGUUGGAACAAAAAGAACAGCCAGAACAAAUAACUCAAUAUUUAGAAAAGAAAUAA